CUUUGUAAAUCUCGAGCAAAAAGAUAAUGAAAAGACCAUUCAUAUGGCAAAGAUAGAUGAUGAAAUUAAGAAGAUUAAAAAUUCUUCGGUCUGUGAAGCGGGAUACUCUGUAUCUAAUACCACACUUACCGAAAUGAAAAAUUUCGUUGAUACACCUGCAUUUGAUAUCAAUAGUGAAGCUAGUGUUAAGACACAUAAUGCCCCAAUUUCUAGCCAAUCUGUAAACACUCUUGGUAUCAAUGCUCCUAAUAAUGCUUCAAAUUUUGAUAUUACUGAAAAGGUAGAAAAGGUUCAUAUAUACCAGGAAAAAGAUAGUUGA